AGUGUGGUAAAUCUUUAAAUUACUUUCCACGCGGGUCUCUGUUAUGGAAACUUGUGUAUUAAUACCCAAAGAAUUUUCCUUGGUCCUCACCAACGAUCAGUCAUCCUGCAAAAAUCUCUUCAAGAAUGAUUCAAGUACGUUAAACGUAAGAAUUUCGGUAUGGUCGAAUGUAUUUAUACCAUCGGGGACCCUGAUCUAUCCGUUUCAAGGAUCAAUUAGGUUCGACAAGAUCGACCUUUAUUCCCUUCUUGAUGACAAUGAUAUCAGACGCGAAUACGGCUGCUAUGAUGAAGUCUUCUUCUCCAAUUACAAUCUUAACAAGCGUCAAUGCAAUUGGAUAAGAUUUCUUCGUAUCGUCCACUCGUACAAUGAACAAGUCAAUCUGAUUGGUACAAAAGUAAAGGGCGAACCUAUAUUUGAGGUAAUAAAGAACAUCCAGCCGGACACAGAACUGGUGGCUUGGUUUUUGCCAGCAACGCAGCAGGACUUUGUUAUCAUUUCUCACGAUGUAUGCUCCAGAUCAGCGAUUUACAGGUGCACAAUCGAUUCUAUUUUAGACGAAUCUCCGCUGGACUUGUCGAUGACACUACUCGCUCAUCAUUCUCUGCCACCGAUAUCACACUCUUAUUACGAGUUGGAUGAGUACGAAUCGACGUCCGAGGAAUCCUCAUCAUCGACAUUAUCGUUGGCCGGUGAUCACCUUGAUUGCAGUAUCUUGACGACGAUUAAGAGAGGGGAGAGAGUUUUAUUACCCUGCGAGGUCUGCGGCAAAUCCUUCGACCGGCCAUCUCUUCUAAAACGACAUAUGAGGACACAUACAGGGGAAAAACCGCAUGUCUGCAUGGUGUGCAACAAGGGUUUCUCAACCUCGAGCUCGUUAAACACGCACAAGCGUAUCCACAGUGGCGAAAAACCUCAUCAGUGUCUCGUCUGCGGAAAGAAGUUCACCGCCUCGUCAAAUCUUUACUACCAUCGGAUGACUCAUAUCAAGGCAAUGAACUUUCAUCUACAGUACAAUUUCCGUAUCGUGGAGGUCUCAAGAUAAAAAAUAUAGACAGCAAUUUGUAUAAUUGCAAAAAGGUAGGUGUAGCAGGAUGAUC